GCUGGGCUGGUGUCUGUUCCUGGAAUGGGCCAGGAGGGAGGAGCAAGCGGAAGGGGACGGUGUGUUGGCCGGCUGGCCCAGGCGCCGAGAGAAGAGGGUCCCUCCUCUGGUGGCCAGUUUGGGCACCCUGGGACUGUGGCUGCAGCCAGGCAUGGCAGACUCUGCAGAGACCCGGAAGCUGGUGUACCUGGUCACAGGUGGCUGCGGCUUCCUAGGGGAGCAUGUGGUGCGGAUGCUACUGCAGCGGGAACCCCGGCUCUAUGAGCUGCGGGUCUUUGACCUGCACCUGGGUCCCUGGCUGGAGGAGCUGAAGACAGGGCCCGUGCAGGUGACUGCCAUCCAGGGGGAUGUGACCCAGGCCCAUGAGGUGGCAGCGGCUGUAGCUGGAGCCCACGUGGUCAUCCACACAGCUGGGCUGGUGGAUGUGUUUGGGAGGGCCAGUCCUGAGACCAUCUAUGAGGUCAACGUCCAGGGCACAAAGAACGUGAUUGAGGCUUGUGUGCAGACUGGAACACGGUUCCUGGUCUACACGAGCAGCAUGGAAGUUGUGGGGCCCAAUAUCAAAGGCCACCCCUUCUACAGGGGCAAUGAGGACACCCCAUAUGAAGCAAUACACAGACACCCUUACCCUUGCAGCAAGGCCCAAGCUGAACGGCUGGUCCUGGAAGCCAAUGGAAGGAAGGUCCAUGGGGGACUGUCCUUGGUGACAUGUGCCCUGCGUCCCACUGGCAUCUACGGUGAAGGCCACCAGAUCAUGAGAGACUUCUACCACCAGGGCCUUCGUCUGGGGGGUCGGCUCUUCCGGGCCAUCCCAGCCUCUGUGGAGCACAGCCGGGUCUAUGUGGGCAAUGUGGCCUGGAUGCACGUGCUGGUAGCCCAAGAGCUGGAGCAGCGAGCUGCGCUGAUGGGCGGCCAGGUGUACUUCUGCUAUGACGAAUCACCCUAUAAGAGCUACGAGGACUUCAACAUGGAGUUCCUGGGCCCCUGUGGGCUGCGGCUGGUGGACACCCGCCUGCUGGUGCCCUACUGGCUGCUGAUGCUCCUGGCUACUCUCAAUGCCCUGCUGCAGUGGCUGCUGCGGCCACUGCUGCUCUACGCCCCCCUGCUCAACCCCUACACGCUGGCCGUGGCCAACACCACCUUCACCGUGAGCACCAACAAAGCCCAGCGCCAUUUCGGCUACAAGCCCCUAUUCUCAUGGGAGGACAGCCGGACCCGCACCAUCCGCUGGGUACAGGCCGUGGAGGGUUCAGCCCCUUAACAGUGGAGCUGGGGCCCUGGAGCCCAGCAUGGCACAUCCAUCCAGGUCCAGAGCCCUCAAACCCUGGGUGGGGAGGGAAGGCUGCAUUCUAGAGCUGGAAGAGGGGUCUGGUGCCACACUGGUUAUCCUACAGCUCUCCACAGUUUUAAUCCCAUGAGCCUUCAGUCCAUGUCCUGAUGCGUCCAAGUUCUAGGGCAGGGUUUUGGGGCGGGCAUGUCUUCACUCUCAACCCAGGCCUGAUGGCUGGUUGGCGGAUGUCUGAUUCCCCUGAUGUUCUCAACUGCCCAUCCCAUUUCUGGCUUUUCGAGCGGGAAGUGAGUAGGAGUUCCAUGGGCUUCAUGCUGGCUUUCUUGUGUCCAGGUGUGACCCUCAGGCCUGGAUUCAGAGUGAAGAUACUUUCUGGCUCCUGUCACCACUUUGGCCCUCCCUCAGGGACCACAGUCCCAUUAUUUUCAAACAUUGAUCACCUUUGGACAGCUCUUUUCAAUGAAGCCUACGCAAAUCUGUGUAUUUUUCCUUCUUCCCACCCCUCCACCCAAAUUAGUUCCUGCAGUAAUGUUCGAUCUCUGCCUGAGGAUGCCCUGGUAAUGCUGUACCUGGCCAAGCCCUAGAUUAAAGUUCUUUAUCCAA